CCCAUUUAAGGCCCAGCCAGGGAGCGCCCCCACAGAAGGGGAGGCCCCGCAGUCCGGCCAUGGGGGACACCUUCAUACGCCACAUCGCCCUUCUGGGCUUCGAGAAGCGCUUCGUCCCCAGCCAGCACUACGUGUACAUGUUCCUGGUGAAGUGGCAGGACCUGUCUGAGAAGGUGGUAUACCGGCGGUUCACGGAGAUCUACGAGUUCCACAAAAUGUUAAAGGAAAUGUUUCCUAUCGAGGCGGGGGACAUCAACCCACAGAACAGGAUCAUCCCCCACCUGCCAGCCCCACGGUGGUUCGACGGGCAGCGUGUCGCCGAGAGUCGCCAGGGCACCCUCACCGAAUACUGCAAUGUGCUCAUGAGCCUGCCUGUCAAGAUCUCUCGCUGCCCCCACCUCCUCAACUUCUUCCAGGUGCGCCCCGACGACCUCAAGCUCCCCACGGACAGCCAGGUGAAAAAGCCAGAAACCUACCUGGUGCCGAAAGACAAGAGCAUUACGGACAUCACAGGCCCCAUCAUCCUGCAGACGUACCGGGCCAUCGCUGACUUUGAGAAGACCUCAGGCUCCCAGAUGGCUCUGGCCACGGGUGAUGUGGUGGACGUCGUGGAGAAGAGUGAGAGUGGCUGGUGGUUCUGCCAAAUGAAGACAAAGCGAGGCUGGGUCCCGGCGUCCUACUUGGAGCCCCUGGACAGUCCUGAUGAGACAGAGGACCCAGAGCCCAACUAUGAAGGUGAGCCCUACGUCUCCAUCAAAGCCUAUACCGCCCAGAUGGAGGAUGAAGUGUCUCUGCAGGAGGGCGAAGCCAUUGAGGUCAUUCAUAAGCUCCUGGAUGGUUGGUGGGUCAUCAGGAAAAACGACAUCACAGGCUACUUCCCAUCCAUGUACCUACAGAAGUCCGGGCAGGAUAUAGCCCAGGCCCAACGCCAGAUCAAGAGCCGAGGGGCACCGCCCCGCAGGUCGUCCAUCCGCAACGCACACAGCAUCCACCAGCGGUCGCGGAAGCGCCUCAGCCAGGACACUUACCGGCGCAACAGUGUUCGUUUUCUGGAGCAGCGUCGCCGCCAGGCGCGGCCGGGACCGCGGAGGGCAGGGAGCCCGCGCCGAGCCCGCCCCCGGCUGGGGCCGUCCAUCCGCAGCAAAAGCCUAAAUACCACACAAGCAGGCGGCGCUGAAGACUGUGUGCACUUCGGGAGCUGA